AUGGAAUAUCGCUUGUGGUUGGCUGGGAAAGAGCAGGAUGGGAAUGCAGACCUCAUCCCAAUUGAGGAUCCAGCAACCGGGGAAAUCUUCGCGCAAUGUCACGCAGCCUCCGCUGAGGAUGUAGAGGCUGCCGUCUCCGCCGCUCAAGCAGCAUACAAGUCCGGCAUAUGGUCGCGUGCGAGUCGUCACCAUCGCGCAGAUGUGCUGGAUAAAUGCGCCACGCUUCUCUCCGAUGCCCUUCCCGAAUUUAUCUCAACAGAGUCGAAGCAGACAGGUCGAGUCAUUCGGGAAAUGAAGGCCCAAGUCCCAUCGUUAACAAGAUGGUUCAAAUACUAUGCCUCGCUAUUGAGAGUCGAAGAGCGAUCUGUUCUCCCAACGAUGGGAAAACUGCAUAACUUUGUCGAUCGAGUGCCUCUCGGAGUGGUCGUUCAGAUCACCCCGUUCAAUCACCCAUUGUUGAUUGCCGUGAAGAAACUCGCCCCAGCGCUUGCCGCUGGAAACAGUGUUAUCAUUAAGCCUAGCGAGCUUACUCCAUUGACAACCCUAAUGCUGGGCAAGAUUCUUGGCCAAGCGGGUAUUCCCGAUGGUGUGCUGAGCGUCUUACCUGGGUAUGGAGCCAUCACCGGCAAAGCGCUGGUUGAGCACCCCUUGGUGAGAAAGGUGGAUGUGACUGGCGGCACCGCGGCCGGUAGAGCAAUUGGAAAGAUUGUCGGAGGAAAUCUAGCAAAAUACACUGCCGAACUGGGUGGAAAGGCGCCCUUGGUCGUGUUUGAGAAGGCCAAUAUCGAUACCGCGAUCAACGGGAUCGUCUUUGGAAGCUUCAUCGCAAGUGGACAAACCUGUGUGGCCAGUACCAGGAUUAUUGCCCAAAACACGAUAAUGGAAGAGCUGUUGCAGAAGCUCAAAGCCAAGAUCGAGAGCAUUACGCGACGCAUUGGGGCUCCGAGCAAUCCUGAAUCAACUAUGGGACCGCUUAUCUCGGAGAAGCAGUUGCGCAAUGUGGAGCGUCUAGUGAAUAGCGCCCUUGAUGGAGGAAAUGCGGUUUCUCUUGUCGGCGCAAAGCGAAUAGCUUCUCAAAGUCUGCUUGAUGGGUUCGACUUCGAAAAGGGAUACUUCUAUGAACCCACGCUACUUGCAUCCGGCAAAGAAAGCAACAGCAUUGUCAAAACAUCUAUUUGGCGCGAGGAGGCAUUCGGUCCUGUUAUUGUUGUCGCCGGCUUCGACACCGAGGAAGAAGCAAUCGCCUUGGCAAAUGAUACCGAAUUUGGAUUGGGGGCUGGUGUAUGGACACUGGACCUUCCCCAGGCCUUCCGGGUCUCCGAGCAAAUUGACGCCGGAAUUACCUGGGUGAACACCCAUCAUCGAAAUGAUCCCAGCAGUCCAUGGGGAGGUGCAAAGUCUGCAAGUGGAGUUGGGAGUGAGAACGGGAUUGAGGCGUAUCAUGCGUAUACAACAUCGAAAAGCACGAUUAUCAACUUUGCCUCUCCUGAUGAGUCUCUGGCUGCAGAUGACUGGUUUGGAGAUGGUUCUAAGAACGUUCGAUACGGUUGA